AUGGAUGCUGAGUUGAGAGCGUUAGUCAACGAGCGCGGUACAGUUAAGGCUGUGCUUACGCGAUUUAAAAACUUCUUUAAUGAGUCUGCGAGUAACACUGCGAUAGGGUCACUUAGGAAGCGAUUAGAAGCGAAUACAAAAUUGUUUGCGGCUUUUGAUAGAGUUCAAACCAAGAUAGAAACUCUUGUAGCAGGAACCGAAAUCGAAUCGUUGCACGAGUCGGAGCGUCAGCUUUUUGAGACUUCAUAUUUUGAUUUAAUUGAUGAGGUAGAGACUUAUAUUGAGAAAUCUGGUGCAAAUCAACGUCGCGAUACACCAGUUAGUUCUAUAUCCAACAACGCACCAUGUAGUAUUAAAUUACCUACAAUUCAGUUACCCGUGUUCGAUGGCGACUAUAGUGAUUGGGUGAAAUUCCGCGAUACAUUCACAUCAGUAAUUCAUCAAAACGAGACCUUAUCAGAUGUUCAGCGAUUUCUUUACCUGAAUUCGUCGCUUCAAGGGGUCGCGGCUCGAGUCAUCCAAUCGUUGGGCGUAUCAGAGGCAAACUAUAAGGUCGCGUGGGAAUUCUUAACGGCUCGUUAUGAGAAUUCAAAGGAUCUUAAAAGACAUCAUGUCAACGCGUUAAUGGAUUUAAAACCAGUUCAGAAACAGUCAGAAAUUGCAUUGCGUCAGUUCAUAGAUGAUGCUUAUAAUCACAGAAAUGCUUUGCGAUCACUAGAGGAAGCAGUGGAUAGUUGGGACACGUUUCUCGUUCCCCUCCUAUCUAGGAAGUUAGAUGCAAUCUCCAUUAGGGAGUGGGAAAAGAAGAUUUCUUCUGACCCUCAAAUGCCUUCCUUCGUACAGUUUUCAGAAUUUGUUGAAGAGCGAUCUAAGUAUUUAGGAAAUGUUGCGAUCCAUGCUCAGGUAACAGCGCCGAGGGUUGAUCAGCGACCCCGAGCUUCAGGUAGUCAGAAGUCAAGCACGUUAGUUUCACACGUAAUCAAUACAAACGUAUGUGGCGUUUGUAAGGGAAGCCACCCAAUAUAUCAAUGUGAUAGGUUCAAGGGGUUUGACGCGGAUGAAAGGACUAAAGCUGUUCAGCAGGCCCAAGUCUGUUUUAAUUGUUUACAGUCCGGACAUCGGGUCAAGGCGUGUACUCGUACUCAUUGUAGAAUAUGCGGUAAAAUACAUCAUUCAUUAUUGCAUCGCGCUGAUAGGCAUCCAGACAAACCCGCGAAGUCAAAUGAUAUUUCGACCGCAGAAUCAAGUAAUAUUUCGAGCAUACAAUCAAGCGAUAGUUCGACCAUGGAAUCCAAAUCCAACGAAAUACCUAAUGUAGUAGCACACGUAGCAAGCAGUGCGUCGAAUCAUACAAUGCUGUCGACUGCGAUUGUUCAUGUUAAGGGCGAUCGUGGCCACGUCCAUGAUUGUAGAGUGUUGUUGGAUUCGGGGUCUCAAGCGAAUUUUGUCACGAACGCAUUUUGUAAACGAGUCGGCUUCCCACCGAUUCCCAUAGAAUCAAUUGUAACUGGUUUAGGAAGGGUUGUAAAUUCAAUCACAGGUAGAACGAAAAUGACAAUUCAUUCAAGACAUAAUAAUUAUCAGGCUAGCUUAGAUUGUUUGUCUAUAGACACUAUUACAGCAGACAUGCCCAGUCUUCCAUUGUCACGGGAAUUGAUAGAAGUUCCGAAUAAUGUAGCACUUGCUGAUCCGGAAUUUAAUACUACCCGGCCAAUAGAUAUGCUCAUCGGAGCCGGCCUGUUUUGGGCAUUGUUAUGCAUCGGUCAGCAUAAGUGCCGCUCAGGUAUAAUUUAUCAGAAAACGCAACUCGGUUGGGUUCUCGGUGGCGCUUUUACCUGGCCAAACCACAAUCGGUCGGCGACCAGCGUGUGUCACUUAGUUACGUAUAAUGACCUCCGAUUGCAGGUAGAGAAAUUCUGGGCUCUAGAGGAGGUAGAUGUACAGAGAAAAAACUUUAAUGACGAAUGUGAAUCGUAUUUUAGACAGACGACAUAUCAGGACGUAGAUGGACGUUACAUAGUUAGUAUACCAUUCAAGAAUAACGUUAGGGAUUUAGGCGAUUCGCGGCAACAGGCCGUGCGGCGCCUCUAUUCGAUAGAAAGGAAAUUAACACGGCAGCCAGACUUGAGACAGCAAUAUGUUGAUUUUAUGAAGGAGUACGAGAUGUUAGGUCAUAUGUCCCGCAUUUCAGAGUGUCCUGAUAACAAAGAACCGACAUAUUAUCUUCCACAUCAUGCCGUUUCUAAAGCGACCAGUACCACAACGAAGGUUCGCGUCGUAUUUGACGGAUCGGCAAAAUCCUCAUCAGGGCUAUCAUUAAAUGAUACGCAGUUAGUGGGACCAACAAUUCAGAGUGACUUAGUUUCAAUUUUAAUCAGAUUUAGACAACAUAAAUAUGUCCUUUCUGCCGACAUAGCCAAAAUGUAUAGACAAGUUUUAAUUAAUCCAAAGGAUAGGCGGUUUCAGAGAAUUUUAUGGCGAUCGGAUCCUCGAUCUCCGAUCAAGGAAUUCGAAUUGAACACAGUAACUUACGGCACUGCUUCCGCCCCUUUUUUAGCAACACGCGUACUACAGGAAAUAGGUCUAAAAUGUGCUCAGACUUUCCCAGAGAUCAGCAGAAUCAUAAUCAGUGACUUCUAUGUGGAUGAUUUGCUGACGGGGGCACAAAGCGCGUUAGAAAUUCAAAAAUUGAAAACUGAAAUUACAAGAGUGUUGUCUCAAGCUGGUAUGCAUCUUCGUAAGUGGGCAUCUAAUUGUCCAAACAUCCAUAUGGCUUCGGAUGGUGUAGGCAAUAGUAAAGAGAUCACAGCAGAUAAAGAUCCGAAGACAUUAGGUCUAUUGUGGGCACCAACCACUGACGAAUUAGGCUUCACAAUUAUGCCUACUACUAGUAGGCGGGUGACAAAACGAAGUAUAUUAUCGGAUAUUGCUCAGAUUUUUGAUCCGUUGGGUUUAAUCGGUCCUGUUGUGGUUACAGCAAAAUUGAUUCUUCAACGUUUAUGGCAGGUACAAGUAGGUUGGGACGAAUCCAUCCCUCAGGAGUUGUUUUCUCAAUGGUUGGAAUAUCGUCAAGAUCUUGAAAGGGUAUCAUCUUUUAGAAUUCCGCGUUGUGCAGUCUCAGUUGAGUUGGACACUACAAUACCGUUAGAAAUACACGGAUUUUCAGAUUCUUCAGAAAGGGCCUACGGUGCGUGCGUUUACCUGCGGUCCCGAAAUAAGACAGGUCAGUGGGUAAUAACUUUAUUGUGCGCCAAGUCUAGAGUGGCACCUCUUAAGUCGAUUUCCCUUCCGCGGUUAGAAUUAUGCGGUGCGCUAUUAUUAGCACAGUUAGUGGAAAAGGUUAAAGUCGCAUUGAAUUCGGUGAACGUUAGAGAACAUCUGUGGACAGACUCAACAAUAGCGCUUGCUUGGAUUCGAAGUUCACCACAUAAGUGGAAAACCUUCGUGGCCAAUCGAGUGUCAGAAAUCCAAACGCUCACAGAGAGUGGCCUCUGGAGGCACGUAUCGUCAGGAGACAAUCCUGCUGAUCUUAUUUCGCGAGGCGUUAAACCAACAGCGUUAGCGCAAGCGAAAAUUUGGUGGUCGGGUCCAUCAUGGUUGAGUAAGGAGUCAAACUUAUGGCCCAAUUUUUUAGAUGAGUGCACAAACCCUCCAGAAGAACGAACGGUUAAGAGCGUGAUGGUUAGUUUAGUGAAUCAGCAUAAUAGUAUUUUUACUAGAUUUUCGAGCUAUACGCGUUUGCUUAGAGUGACUGCAUAUUGUUUGAGAUUUAUCAAGAAUGCACGACUUAAACUUGAUGAGAAAAGAGUCAUCUCAACAGUUCCAAAUAUGGAUCUGUUAACAACAGACGAAUUAAGACAGGCACGAACGUUUCUUGAACGUCUGGUGCAGAGGGAGGCAUUUGAGAAGGAAAUAAUAGCUUUACAAUCACGUCAAUCACUUCCAAAGUCGACCUCUCUUCUAUCAUUGAACGCAUUUUUAGACGAUAAAGGUUUGCUCAGGGUGGGCGGAAGAUUACAAAAUGCCCCGAUAAGUCAAGAUAGAAAACAACCCAUUAUAUUGCCAUCGAAACACCCGUUCACUGAUUUGAUUAUUAUACACGAACAUCAUCGAUUGCUGCACGCAGGUUGUCAGGCAGUAAUCGCGUCAUUGCGUAAUCGUUAUUGGCCCCUGGCUUGUAAAAAUAAUGUAAAGCGAAUCAUACGAGGGUGCAUAAGGUGUUUUCGUGUAAACCCGACAAACGAAGUCUAUCAAAUGGGUCAGUUACCCACUUCUAGGGUAACUCCGGCAAGGCCUUUUUUCACCUGCGGGGUCGAUUAUGCAGGCCCAUUCUACACAAAGGAAAGGGUCAGAAGUAGAGUUUCAGUAAAGGCAUACCUGUGCAUUUUCGUGUGCUUCGUUACCAGGGCCGUACACAUAGAAUUAGCCACCGAUUUAAGUACCGACGCAUUUCUUAAUUGUUUUCGACGAUUCAUUGCGCGACGGGGUCGGUGUCAGUAUAUCGUAUCGGACAACGGUACAAACUUUGUUGGUGCACGUAAUGAGUUAGACGAGCUUAGAGUGUUACUCAGAAAUAAAGAACACAAUAGAAAAAUAACGAACGCAUUAAAUCAAGAGUUUAUAGAGUGGCGGCUAAUUCCCCCACAUUCACCACACUUCGGUGGUUUGUGGGAAGGAGCGGUUAAAUCCGCGAAACACCAUCUCAAACGCGUUAUCGGAGAUCAGAAAUUGACAUUUGAAGAAUUGUAUACAUUACUGACGCAAGUUGAAUCCUGUUUGAAUUCUCGCCCACUUUCUCCACUUUCCUCAGACCCAACAGACUUAUCUCCAUUAACGCCCGGUCAUUUCUUAAUUGGCACUGCUCUGAACGCCUUGCCAGCUCAAGAUCUACGAGAUGUCCAAACUAACCGCCUCAACAGAUAUCAAUUAAUCCAGCAGAUGUUACAGCACUUUUGGCAACGUUGGCAAAAUGAAUGUAUACAUCAGAUGCAACAGAGAUACAAGUGGCAGCGCAAGUCCACUAGCAAGUUAGCGGUGGAUCGGUUGGUUCUCAUCAAGGAGGAUAAUUUGCCACCUCUUCAAUGGAGUCUGGCACGCAUUCAGCUGCACCCAGGUACAGACGGCAUUGCGAGAGUGGCAACUGUUAGAACCUCCACUGGAACGACCAAGCGACCUGUCACAAAGCUGUGCAUCCUGCCUAUGGAUUGUGAUGCGGACCACACUGAAGAUACGACAUUAUCAGGGCACUGUCAGUGA